AUGUCGUCAAAAGUAGGCUCCAUGCUCAAGACCGCAGCCUACGCACUAUGGUCCUUCCAGUGGGGUUUCUUUACGGCAACUUUCUGCAUCUAUCAUGAACUCAGCAUCCCGAACCCCUUUUACGCGGUCCUGACAACGGUCUUGACUUUGCCUAUCCCCCUAUCGCUGGAACUUUUUCUCCUUUACACUACAGCUUCUCGCUUUAGUUGUCUGGAUCUCCACACCAGAAAAUUUAACACGUUCUUCUAUAAGACGCGGGACUGGGCUAUGAUCCUCCCCAUCUUCAGCAUCCUUUGGUUCCUAUGUGUUUUGUGGUGGGGCCUCUUGGCUAUGAUGGACCUGUAUUCUUACGGACCCUUGGCCAAGAUCGUCGAAUUUCUCUGUCUCUCCUUCAAGCCCAUCGGCUAUACCGUUUACAUAGGGGGCGUGCUUUUGUAUAUCCCGCUGCCCUUUUGGGUCAUCGUCACUGGCAUUGGGGCGUGCAGACGGGUACGGAACCUGAAGAGUCCUGAGGAGGAGGAAGCGACCAACUUGACCACCAAAAAUGACGACGAGGAGUGGAACGCUUUCCAGGACAAUCGUGGUAUCUGA